GAAAAAAAUAAAUUAAAAAGGCAAAUUGCUAUCUCAAAACUCAACUCUCAAGAGCCGGACAUGGAUUCAACUCCCGAACUUAGCCUUAUUAACCAGGCUAUCCAGAAACUACUAGAGGAGAAUAGGAACAAGGACGCCUCUGGUUUUCUUUUCCCGGAAAAGGAUGAUGAUCGUCUUCUCCUUUCCAGAUUGCUCUCUCAGUUGGAAUCAUUCAAAGAAGCAAAAGGAUUUUAUCAACUGGAAGUAUGGGGACAAGAGACAGUAAGUGCAACUGUGGUAGAUGGUGGAGUGGAUACAGAGAGUCAGGAUGCUGAUGUGGAGAAUGAGAAUAAUGAAGUGAUUGCAAACAUACAAGAAAUAGAUGAAGGGCCUACAAAGGUGGAAAGAUUAGAUCGGGAAAAAGAAUCGGAGGAAGUUGAGGCAUUGAGUAGGCAAGGAGCAAUAUGUUCUCACGUGAUAGAUGGUAAAGAUGAGGAUGGUGCUGAUCAGGUGGAGGAAAGCAACAAACAAACACAAGAAAUCAUAGAAGAGCUCAGAAGGUUGAAGAGGCAGAACAGUAUAACCCAUUGGCUCCUUUCAACUACGAUCGUGCUCAUACUAGCCUGGCAACUGUCUGAGGUGUCCCUAAUUCUUAAAGCUAAAGAAGUACUGAACCACCCUUUCAGAACCUUAGGAGGAAUGCUUGCAGGGAUGCUGAAGCGCCCCGGAACAAAUGGGGCCCAGGAUGCAGAUGGAGGAUCAUCUUCAAAAAGGCAACCAGACGGUAACCACAUCCAAACCCCUUCUCUAAAAAUGCCUGAGCUGCCCCAUGUAGAUUUACCAGGUUUUAAUACACAUGAUUCGAAUAAUGAAAGCUUAAAAUAAGGUCAAUAUAGACUAAAUGUAAAUGGAAUAAGUGUAAACUGGCCAAGUGAAUCAUCUCAAUGAUAUUUUUUUCCCUUUUAAUCUGUAAGUUAACAGCAGUACUUUGCAGUCUCUGGAUCAAAAGUUGUUGGCAUUCUGGCAAGAAAGCCUCCUUGUAACGUGCAUGUGUGAUGAAAAGAAUAAAAGUUUGGAUUUUAAGUUGGCUGACUUAACAAAUAUCGACAUUUUGUAGAGUCGGUUGUCAGCACUACUUUUCAUUGGAA